AUGUCUUCGGACCACUCCUAUCUCAUGACCUGUGCGGGUGAUGCAAUCUAUGUGGUGAAGCGAGAACUCUCCGCCGAAACUGCUGACCAGGAUCCGCCCCUUAUUGACCUACAGGACAUGGACCCUGCUAUGCGUGUUUAA